AGGAACAUUGUCCAGAUCAGGAGGGGCUCUCCCACAGGGCCUCCAUCCUUAGUACCCCCUCCUUACCUGCUGAGACUGUCACCCAGCACUGGCCCUGACUGACACUUUUCUGGAUAGACGGAUGGAGACAUGAGGAAACAAGUUUGAUUUGGACAAAGGGACCACGGGCUGCCUGGAGCCUCCUCCUGCACUGUGCAGUGUCCUCUGAGAAUGUAAUUGAUGGUGUUAUGGGACCUGAUGUGUAGGGUUCUGAAGGAGCAUUUGUUGCUACUUAUGUGACUCCAGUUCCUCCCUUAGAAAGUACUGCUGUGGGGAUAGGAAUGGCUUGAUGAGUCAAGUAAGUGCCUGCCGUGUGUGCAAGCCUGACAGCCUGAGUCGGAUGUCCAGGAGCAGUAAAAUCCAGCUGUGCUUCUCUGCAGUCCCAGAUCUGGAGAGAUAGAGGCAGGAGGAUCCCUGGAGUUCACUCCUCAGCACAUUGAGCUGAAACAAAGCACUCCAGACUCUUCGAGACAAACCAUAUCUCAAAAACUCUAAGGCAAGGUUUCCUGGCUGUCCUGGAACUCUUCUCAGUAGACCAGGCAACAGGUCUCUUCAGGGAAGGAAGGUGGACACAGAAAGGGCUGAACCAGCAAGGACAGAGUCAAAGCAAAUGACAGCUACACAGAAACACAACCUCUUCACUCCAGAACCCCACUACAUCCCUGGGUAAGAGCUGGGAGCUCUACAGAGAGAACGGUUGGGGCUGGGCAAGGGAUGUGCAGUAGGGCUGGGGCUUCCUGGACUCCAAGAGGAUGAGGACCAAUGCUGAAGAGGCCCAAAGCCAGGGCUACUAAGGAUGGAAUAGAAAUCACCAGGGAUGAAGAGCUCUGGGACAGGAAAACUCUGAGGUGGAACUGUAGAGGAAGGCUAGGCCUUGCCCCUCCCUGUGGCCUCAACCUGAAUGCAUGUCUGUCAAGGGCAAAAACUGUGGCAGUUAUGCUGGUUUCUAUCCUCAACUGCGCUACCAGGUGGGAAACACCUAUGGCCGCACCACUGCACAGUUGCUCACAGAUCCCAGCGUACAGAAGAGCCCCUGCUCUGUUCUGUCACCUAUGACCAAGCCCAAGUUCAUUGAGGACUUCAGCAAAUCCAAGCCACCAUGGAUUCCCUGCAGGGACCUGAGAGAGCCUUACAUCCCCCACUAUACCAGUCUGAAACCCUACAAGAAUUUUGAGAUCCUAGGCCAGCUCCCACGCCAGGAUGUGGACACCCAGGGGCCGCCACAAGUAGAGAACAGACAGGGACCACUGACUGCAGGCUUCAUGCCUUAUCCACCCUACCCGGCAUGCCCCCCAGGCAGAAAGGGGGAAGCUAGAGACCUGGGCCAUCCAGGUCUACUGCUGGCAUAUGGGGAAGAGGCUUGGAAGGAUGCAGCACCUCUUCAGGAUACCCCAGGGAAGAACAACCAGCUAUACCACUGCAGGAGGGAUGAGUACCUGCCUCCACACCCCCCACAGGAGACACUAGAUGUAGGCAGAUUCCAACGACUGCCCCAGCUAGACCACCCCAACCUAAUCCAACGCAAGGCCAUCUCAGGUUAUGCCGGCUUCGUCCCCCGGUUUGCCUGGGUAAUGGGGAUGAAUUACCGUGAUGGUGUCACACAAGCUAUGGAUGACUUUGACAAGAACCAGUUCGUGUUCAGACACCCAGUCUGUGCCCUGGGUGAAAGGCUGCCUAGGACCCACUGGCCAAACACCACCAUCUAUAGAAGCCAAGGCCUGAUUCCUUUCUACAUGGGCUUUAUCCCAUCCAUGCAGGACAACUAUGCACUGACAUUCGGUAACAGCACCCGAAGAGCCUAUCAGAAGGAAUUGGACAGGCGAAGCCACACACUAUGAAUUGCUUUAAUGGUGGUAUCUGUACAAGUGAUGUCAGGACACAGGACAGCAAAUGCACAGUGGACAUGGCUAGCAGACAGGCUGUGAAUGAAUAAAGAGUUCACACUGC